AUCCCAGUGCAUUUCUCCGUAGGUUGACAGAUUCGCUAAGAUGGCUGAUAUUAAAGAUUCUCUACCGCUCUUUGACACUAACGAAACAAAAAUCGACGACUUGGAUGACGACGAUGAGGAUAUUUUCGCGUCGGCGGUACAGGAUCAAAGCCAACUGGAAGAUUCAUCUCCUUAUAACGGAAUAUCCACAAUUCAAGGAGGAUUACCAAAGCUGACAUUGCGAGAUGCACCAGAAGAGAAUUCAUUUUCAUCUGUAUCAAGUCCUGCACCAGGACCUUUGAGUCCGCCAUUGGGACCAAUAAGUACCGACAUAGGUGAUCUCCAUGAUGUUCCCAUAAACGAUAAUGCAGACAUGCUCCCGACAAGUGUUAUACAGACUCAACCAGUAGAUGUGGUGUCAACAGAUUCGUCUGAUGUUUUUCUAAAAAUCACAGUAACUUCCCCUCAAAAAAUAGGAGAUGGUAUGGGUGCUUAUGUUGCCUACAAGGUUGAAACAAAAACAAAUAUGCCAAUAUUUAGAAAGAGAAAUUUUAGCGUCAUUAGACGUUUCAGUGAUUUCCUUGGCCUUCACGAUAAAUUGACAGACAAAUACCUUAGAAAUGGUAGAAUAAUUCCUCCUGCUCCAGAGAAGAGUGUUAUUGGAACAACAAAGAUUAAAAUGUCUGGUGACAAAAGUCAAGAACAAAAUUCUAGUUCCACAGAAUUUCUUGAAAAACGCCGAGCUGCACUUGAAAGAUACUUAAACAGAACUGCAACUCAUCCAGUGCUUAGCGUUGAUCCUGAUUUUCGGGAAUUUUUGGAAGCUGAUAUGGAAUUACCUAAAGCUACUAAUACAUCUGCACUUAGCGGUAAAGGAGUAAUGAGACUUUUUAACAAAGUUGGAGAAACUGUUAAUAAGAUAACAUACAAGAUGGAUGAAACUGAUAAAUGGUUUGAAGAGAAGACAUCACAAAUUGAUUCUCUUGAUGUACAAUUACGUGCAUUACAUUCAGCUGUUGAUACUUUAACUAAUCAGAGAAGAGAGUUAGCAACAUGUACUGGUGCAUCUGCAAGAUCUAUUGCUGUUCUCGGUCAUGGUGAACCAGGACCAUCUUUGGGAAGGGCAUUGGCUCAGCUGGCUGAGACUUUAGAAAAAGUUGAAGUGGUCAGAAAAGCACAAAGCAAUAGUGACCUUUAUCAAUUUGGAGAAAUGUUAAGAGAUUAUGUUGCACUCAUUGGAGCAAUAAAGGAUGUGUUUCACGAACGAGUAAAAGUUUUUCAAAAUUGGCAACAUGCUCAAAUGAUGUUAACCAAAAAACGAGAACAGAAAGCAAGACUGGAACAGUCUAAUAGAAUGGAUAAAACAAGUCAAGCUGCUACUGAAGUUAUAGAGUGGGAAGCAAAAGUUGACAGAGGACAAGAAGAGUUUGACAAUAUAUCAAAAAUGAUUAAGAAGGAAAUAGAGCGAUUUGAGUUAGUAAGAGUGGAAGAUUUUAAGAAACAAUUAACAGAAUAUUUGGAAUCUAUGUUACAAUACCAAAACCAACUUAUUAAAUAUUGGGAGAGCUUUUUGCCUGAAGCUCGAGCAGUUGCAUGAACAUUCCUAAAUAACGAAACUUUUUUUUAAUCUAAUGAUAAGGGAAAUCAGCAAAGAAAGAUCAUUUUCAUGCAUGUUUUUGAAAUAAAUUUCUGAAUGAUGAAAAAUA